AUAUGAUUUUGAAAGCGAAAUAUCUCGAGAGGGAAAGUGGCGCGUUUAGAAAAUCACACACACUUCCUUUAGCUGAGAAGGGUUUUCUUCUUCUCCGUUCGAAUUCGCCGUUAACAGAAGUUCCUCAACCUAAUCUCGUUUCUUAAUCUCAGUGAGAGGGAGUAAUGGAAUCGCCACAGCCAGGUUCAAGAGGAGCAGAAGCUCUUAAACACGUAGUUCCUGGUUCAUCUAUUGCUGUUAAAUAUCACCCACUUUUUGGACCUCAUGAUGACCUCAUCCUUCUAGAGCUUGAUGAGAAACUUCUCCCAGAUGUUCUGCAUGAAAGGGUGGUCUUGAGAGGACAGCCUGAUGAAGAUGCAGUUCUUUGUACUCAAUCCAAAACAUAUGCUAUGAAGUUUGUUGGAACUUCCAAUUCGGUUCUGCUUAUACCACCAGCGAAUCAUUCAGAAUUUUGUGAAAAUCCACAAAACAAUGAUAGUAAUAAGGAAGAAGAGAAAGUUGUUGCACCUGUAAUCAAAGUUGUAUCUGGUAAUAUUGAGCUUGUCGAGGCAGCCCCCAGACUUGAUAAACUUAAGUCUUUUCUAUUAGAAAAGACUUACAAUUUUGAUGAAUAUGAUAUGGAAAAUUUAGAAGACAACCAGGAAUCUACAAUAGGAUUAUAUAGCUGGAAUGAUCUUGUAGACAAUAUCCAAGCUAGUGAUGAGGAGUUAAGGUCUGGACUGCAGGCUCUUUCUGCAGUGGAGAUUAAUGGAUAUUGGAGAUUAGUAGAUGGGAGUUACAUGGACAUGAUUCUUGGAAUGCUUUUGAAAAAUUCGGUGAUAAAUGAUUGGUCACUCAAUGCUUUAAACGAAGAUGAAGUUGUCAGUACACUGGUAUCAGAUGGAUUUCCUGGGGUGCUAGCAAGGCAUUGUUUGCGUACAUAUGGCACCAAAGUAAAUGAAGGCAUGCCUGGCUGUGCCUGGAAAUUGGACGAGAAGCGAGUAUGUAUACAUUUUGCAAGAGAAAUCCUGAAAGGGGGUAAAAGGAAGUUAGAGAGUUUCUUGGAUGAAUGGAGGCAGAAGGUUCCAGAUGGAAUGCAGCCCACUGUUGAUCUUGUGGAAGGAGAGGUAUUAAUAGAGAGAGUUGGAGUUGAGACAUGGGUUCGUGCCUUCAGCGUUGCAUCUUUGCCUUCAACUCCGGCUGAGCGUUUUGCCAUUCUUUUCAGAGAGAGGACAAAAUGGGAAUGGAAAGAUCUGCAGCCAUAUGUCAGAGAUCUGAAGAUACCAGGUCUUUCUUCAGAAGGUUUGCUACUCAAAUACACUCGAAGGACACAACCAUCACCUGAUGCGGAACCAAUUUUCAGCGCAAGAUAGCUUCAUGGUCACAUGCGCUUUGAAGACUCUGCAGCUUUUUAUGUUGUCAUAUUUUAUUGAAUAGAGUUAGCUCUGUUAAGAAAUAGGAUAAGUUAAAAUUAUACCAUACAGAAAAAAAAAAAAGUUGCGAAAUUUAAUCAAUAUUUUAAAGACAGAGUAUAUAUAUGAUAAAAGAAAGGUUAGAAACUAGUAUAAAGUGAUAAAUAUC